AUGGCUGUCACCACGGAGCAGCCCUUCUGGGGCACCCAUUUUACCUCUGCUAAAUUACUAUUCUAUUCCCUUUUCUGGAGCGUACACAUUGCUCUUUUGCCCGCUGGAUGGUACAUUCAAGCAUCAGACUCAAGGUUGUCUGCGCUCAACACAUUACGAUACUCCGUCUGGAUAUCGAGAGGCUCAGCUCUCGUGCUGUCACUCGAUGCCACGCUAAUCAUGCUGCCCAUGUGUCGGAAUAUCCUGAAACAUAUCAGGCCCCGGAUUCGAUGGAUGCCGCUUGACGAGUCGAUAUGGUUCCAUCGGCAAGUGGCAUAUGCCAUGCUGCUGUUCACUGUUAUCCAUGUUGCUGCUCACUAUGUCAACUUCUUCCACGUCGAGAAACAUCAGAUUCGACCUGAAACGGCCGUUGAGAUUCAUUUUACCCAAGCAGGAGGGAUUACCGGUCAUGUCAUGCUGAUAUGCAUGAUGCUUAUGUAUACGACAGCGCAUCAUAAAAUUCGGCAGCAAUCAUUCGAAACAUUUUGGUAUAUGCACCAUUUAUUCGUCCCGUUCCUGCUCGCUCUGUAUACGCACGCCACUGGUUGUUUCGUGCGGGACACAAAGAAUCCGGUAUCGCCAUUCGCAGGCCAGAAAUUCUGGAACCACUGUCUAGGCUACGAAGGCUGGAGAUGGGAGCUUGUCGGAGGAGGUCUUUACAUCCUGGAAAGACUCUACCGCGAAAUACGCUCCCGACGCGAAACCGAAAUCACCAAAGUCAUCCGCCAUCCAUACGACGCAAUGGAAAUUCAAUUUCGUAAACCAAGCAUGAACUACAAAGCUGGCCAAUGGCUCUUCCUCCAAGUCCCCGAAGUCUCUUCCACCCAAUGGCACCCCUUUACCAUCACGUCUUGCCCCUUCGAUCCCUACAUCAGCGUACAUAUCCGGCAAGUCGGAGAUUUCACGCGCAGCCUGGGUGACGCUCUCGGUUGCGGUCCUGCGCAGGCAAAGGACCUCGAAGGCCUCGAUCCAAUGGGAAUGUACGAAGUCGCGCUCCAAAACGGACAAAGUAUGCCGAGACUGCGCAUCGAUGGACCCUACGGAGCGCCUGCGGAGGAUGUAUUUGAGAAUGAAAUCGCGGUGCUGAUCGGUACGGGGAUUGGCGUUACGCCGUGGGCUUCUAUACUGAAGAAUAUCUGGCACUUGCGGUCCGCGCCGAAUCCGCCGCGUCGGCUGCGCCGUGUCGAGUUUAUCUGGGUGUGCAAGGAUACGUCUAGUUUCGAAUGGUUCCAAGCGCUGCUCUCCUCGCUCGAAUCCCAAUCCGCCACCGCAGCCGCACACCAGGGCAGUGCUGAAUUCUUACGAAUCCACACCUACCUCACGCAACACCUCGACGACGACACAGCGGCUAACAUCUACCUUAACUCUGUGGGACAAGGUCUCGACCCGCUCACUGAGCUACGCAGUCGGACGAAUUUCGGACGCCCGGAUUUCGAACGACUGUUUACGGCAAUGAGGGAUGGGAUUGUUGAUCAGACGUAUAUGUCUGGGUUAAGUGGGAAUGGGAAGGGUGGGGGAGGGUCGACGGAUAUUGGGGUUUAUUUUUGUGGGCCGAAUAUGGCGGCGAGGGAGAUUCGGGAGGCGGCGAGGGGUUGUUCGAGUAGGGAGGUUAAGUUUAAGUUUUGGAAGGAGCACUUUUAG